CCUUUCUCGGGAGCCACCCUGGCCCCGGGCGGCAUCCUGUGAGUCCGGGCGAUUUGGAUCCACCUGGCCUCUGCCCCGAGGGGCCCAGGCUUAGUGAGGGGGUCUUACAGGCAUGGAUUUAGAUGCUGUUACAAAGCAGUCAGCAUUACAUGCCAAGCCUGAUGGACUCACCCUUCAAUAUGGGACUGCUGGAUUUCGAACGAAAGCAGAACAUCUUGAUCAUGUCAUGUUUCGAAUGGGAUUAUUAGCUGUCCUGAGGUCAAAACAGACCAAAUCUACUAUAGGAGUCAUGGUAACAGCAUCACACAAUCCUGAGGAAGACAAUGGUGUAAAGUUGGUUGAUCCUUUGGGUGAGAUGUUGGCACCAUCCUGGGAGGAGCACGCUACCUGUUUGGCAAACGCUGAGGAACCAGAUUUGCCGAGAGUGUUGGUGGACGUCAGCGAGAAAGCGGCUGUGAACCUGCACCAAGAUGCCUUCGUGGUGAUCGGUAGAGAUACCAGGCCCAGCAGUGAGAAACUUUCACAGUCUGUAAUAGAUGGUGUGACUGUUUUAGGAGGUCAGUUCCAUGAUUAUGGCUUGUUGACGACGCCCCAACUGCACUACAUGGUGUGCUGCCGAAAUACCAGCGGCCAGUGUGGAAAGGCAACCGUAGAAGGUUACUACCAGAAACUCUCUGCAGCCUUUGUGGAGCUUACCAAACAGGCCUUCUGCAGUGGAGAUGACCAAAGAACACUUAAGGUUGACUGUGCGAACGGCAUAGGGGCCCUGAAGCUGAGAGAAAUGAAACACUACUUCUCCCAGGGGCUGUCAGUUCAGCUGUUUAACGAUGGGACCAAAGGGAAGCUCAAUCAUUUAUGUGGGGCUGACUUUGUGAAGAGUCACCAGAAACCUCCACAGGGAAUCGAAAUGAAGUCCAAUGAAAGAUGCUGUUCCUUCGAUGGAGAUGCAGACAGAAUAAUUUACUACUACCAUGAUGCAGAUGGUCAGUUUCAUCUCGUGGAUGGAGACAAGAUAGCAGCACUCAUUAGCAGUUUCCUUAAGGAACCCCUGUUGGAGAUUGGAGACAGUUUGAGUCUCGGUGUCGUACAAACUGCAUAUGCCAAUGGAAGUUCAACACGGUACCUGGAAGAAGUGAUGAAGGUACCUGUCUAUUGUACUAAAACUGGUGUAAAACAUCUGCAUCACAAGGCUCAGGAGUUUGACAUUGGAGUUUAUUUUGAAGCAAACGGGCAUGGCACAGUUCUGUUUAGUAAAGCUGCUGAAAUGAAGAUAAAACAACUAGCAAAAGAAUUGGAAGAAGAUAAGAAAAGGAAAGCUGCUAAGAUGCUUGAAAAUGUGAUUGACUUGUUUAACCAGGCAACUGGUGAUGCUAUUUCUGACAUGCUGGUGAUUGAGGCAAUCUUGGCUCUGAAGGGCUUGACCGUACAGCAGUGGGACGCCCUCUAUACAGAUCUUCCAAACAGACAGCUCAAAGUUAAGGUUGCAGACAGGCAAGUUAUUAGCACCACAGAUGCCGAAAGACAAGCAGUUAAACCUCCAGGACUCCAGGAGGCCAUCAAUGAGCUGGUGAAGAAGUACAGGCUGUCUCGAGCUUUUGUCCGGCCCUCUGGUACAGAAGACAUAGUCCGAGUCUAUGCAGAAGCGGACUCGCAGGAAAAUGCGGACAGCCUUGCAUAUGAAGUGAGCUUGGCAGUAUUUCAGCUGGCUGGAGGGAUUGGAGAAAGACCUCAACCAGGUUUCUGAGGACAAUUUUUAUAUUUUUAGAAACUAGAUUUUUAAAAACUUUUUACAGGAUAAUAGUACUGCCAUUAUUGUGACAGGUUCAAACACAUUUAUAAUCAUAAAUGUUUAGACUGCACCUUACUGGAUUAUUUCUAGAUCUGAUUAUUCAUUCUUUAGAAAUAGGUAAGCCCUUAUACUUGUUAAAUUUAGUUUUUUUAAAAAACUGAAAUUUACCUCUAAUAUCAGUCACACUAAUGUAAAAUAUUGGAGCUUAAGUAUAUGAUUCAGUCAUUA